AUGCAUAAAUUAGAUGACAAUGCUUCGAUAAAUAGCAUCGAUGUAGCCAAACCAAGAUUAUUAGGUGUCAUCUCAGGCAUUUUUGUCACCCCUGGGAUCGUGUGGCAAUCAAUGGGGUCAUCCGGCGCGGCAUUGAUGGUCUGGAUACUAGGGGGCGUGAUCACCUUAGCCGCAUCGCUUUCGUACACGGAGUUGGGAACGAGAAUUAGUGAGCAGGGAGGAGAAUUGGUCUACUUGCGUAGCUCAUUUCCGAAACCUCAUAAUCUAUUUAGUUUCCUCUUUAGUUUUAUGUUUUUUUUUGCUAUCCGAGUUGGCUCAAUUGCUGCGGUUAGCCAAGCAUUCGCACAGUAUUUGGUGUAUUCCCUAUCUACUUCAGAUGAAUGCACCCGGUACUUGCAGAUUAACCCCAGAAAUGGCGUGAAUGAUAUGAACUUUUGGACUCUAAAGUUUAUUGCAUUGGGAGGUCUCCUGAUAGUCACGGCGUAUCAUAUUUACUCGAGUCCCCUCGCGAAUAAGAUAAAUAAAAUACUUGCAUAUGUCAAGACAUUAACUCUCUUUACGAUUGCCGUCUUAGGAAUUGUAAAUUUAAAGAGUCCUUAUAACAAUUGGGAGAGUUUUUUUGACGGAACCACAUUGACGAUCACCUCUUUUUCAACAUCGUUAAUAUCGGUUCUCUAUAGCUACAAUGGGUGGAAUAAUCUGAAUUAUUCCUUGGCUGAAUUCAAAAAUCCGGAGAAUCGGCUGGUUUACAGCAAUGUUAUUAGCGUUCUAAUCGUGGGAUGCCUCUACAUCCUAGCAAACAUUGCAUUUAUCUCCGUUGUUCCAUCGAAAUAUGCCAAAAACCCCGGGCAUGAGUUUAACGAGGUCAUUGCUGGUUAUUUCGCAGAAUAUGUUUGGAAUCGCCAAUUCGGACGAGUUUUAUCUUUUUGUGUGGCAAUAUCGACCUUUGGAACUCUAGGCGCUUUAUGUUGGAGCGGUUCGCGUGUGAUUCAAACGGCCGCCGAAAAAAACUAUUUCCCUAUAGGCGCAGAAAAACUUAGAAAAGAUGAUGAAAGGUUUAAUACUCCUAAGAAUGCUUUGAUAACUCAAUUCAUAUGGUGCACGUUUACAAUUGUAGUUGUAGGUGCCAGUAUAACGUCAGAUCCUUUCAAAAUUUUAUCCGAUUAUUCCCAAUAUAGUGCGUGGAUUUUCUAUGGCCUAACAGGCGCUGCAUUAUUCCAUCUGAAACGCAAACCUUCAGACAAGAAAAACACCUUUAAGGCCAUAAUUCAGGGGAUUCAAAUAGUUCAAAUUACAAAAACACGAACAGUUUGA